UGUGGCUCCGCUGUGAUGUAACAGGAAGUAGUGGGUUGAUAUUCCAGCGUCGCGCUGACAGCCGCUCCGGCUGCGCUCAUUGAUCACCGGAGACUCGCUGCGUUUGUUUCCCUGGAGCACCAGCGGAGGACGAGCACACACUUCAGUGAGACCUGAGAGCUGGACAUCUCCCAACGAUCUGCAGCUGGUAAACUACCAACUGGCUUUGUCAUGGCUGAGAGGAAGCUGAACAGUUUUGGACGGAGUUGGAUGGUGGCAGUCAUGCUUCUGUGCAAUCUUACAACGUUUCUGGUAAAGGCAAGCAUGGAGGUUAAUGACACCCAGCAGCAGCACCAAACCAAUGUCUACCAUGACAUUGGACUCACCAGGAACAAGAUCGUUACAGCCCAGUUUGAGUGCUAUCAAAAGAUAAUGAAGGACAAUACCCAGAGCAGACAAGAGUCUAUGUGUAAUCGCACUUGGGAUGGCUGGCUGUGCUGGGAGGACACGAGAGCAGGAGUUGCAACUGAGCAACACUGCCCGGAUUACUUCCAGGACUUCGAUCCGUCAGAAAUGGUCACAAAGAUCUGUACCGAGAGCGGCCACUGGUUUCUGCAUCCAGAGAGCAACCGGACAUGGACCAAUUACACUCGCUGCAACGAGCACACCAACGAAGGCAGAGUGACUGCAAUGAAUCUUCUCUACUUGGCCCUCAUAGGACACGGACUGUCGCUGGCCUCCCUCUUCAUCUCCCUCGCUAUAUUCUUCCAUUUCAAAAGUUUGAGUUGCCAAAGGAUCACCCUUCACAAAAACCUCUUCUUCUCUUUCGUCCUGAACUCUGUGGUCACCAUCAUUUCGCUGACGGCAGUAGCAAAUAACCAGGAGCUGGUGCAGAGGAAUCCGACAAGCUGUAAAGUGUCCCAGUUUAUUCAUCUGUACCUCUUUGGCUGUAAUUACUUCUGGAUGCUGUGUGAGGGGAUCUAUUUGCACACCCUCAUCGUGGUGGCUGUGUUUGCUGAGAAGCAACACCUAAUGUGGUACUAUCUCCUCGGCUGGGGCUUUCCACUUAUUCCAGCUUCCAUCCAUGCCAUAGCUCGGAGUUACUACUACAACGACAACUGUUGGAUUAGCUCCAAAACGUCGCUACUCUACAUCAUCCACGGUCCCAUAUGUGCUGCACUUUUGGUCAAUUUGUUCUUUCUAUUAAACAUCGUACGAGUGCUCAUCACCAAGCUGAAGGUGACCCAUCAAGCCGAGUCCAGUCUCUACAUGAAGGCGGUGAGAGCAACCCUCAUCCUGGUGCCUCUUCUGGGAAUUCAGUACGUCCUCAUUCCCUACAAGCCCGAAGGACGGGUUUCCUCUGAGAUAUAUGACUACAUUAUGCACAUACUAAUGCAUUACCAGGGUCUGCUUGUGGCCACCAUCUUCUGCUUUUUCAAUGGAGAAGUCCAAGGAGUUCUGAGGCGGCACUGGAACCAGUACAAUAUCCAGUUUGGCAGCAGCAUAGGGAACCACUCAGACGCCCUGCGCUCAGCCUCCUACACAGCGUCCUCCAUCACGGAGGUGCAGGGCUGCUACACCAUCGACAGUCACACAGAACACAUGAAUGGCAAGAGCUACCUCGACACGGACAGCUCCAUCUUAAGGUCGGACAACCCCUUCGCCUGACCGCGACCCUCUCUCAAGACUCCAUCCAUCCUCCCAGCCUUCAGAAGAUGUGCAGCAUGUUUGGAGGGAGAGUCACCGGCUCCCACAACGUCAGAGGAAAUGAGUGGAGGAGGAGGAUGGCGCACACUCGGACUCUCACUCUGUCGCACCCAAACGGGCACUGCUUCUCCUGCACGCCGUUUGUCAACUGAGUUGUUUCACUUUGGACCGUAACGCAUUCUGAUAUUCAUAAUAAUAGUUGCAGUUUUUCUACCCAACAAAAUAGUUUUUGAAUGGACUAAGUGACUGCUAUUUUGUUUUUUAUCCUUUCAGCAUCAUGAUGUGCACAAGAAGCCUAUGAAUACACUGUACUUUUUUUUUGACACUGUUAGUGCCAUACCAAGAAAUCUUGCCUCUUAUUUACUUUUUUUGCAGGAAAAAAUUCAAAUGUAGAUAGAACAUCAAGCAGGUGCAUCAUAAUAUAUUAAAACUAUAUUAUAUUGCUUAUUUUACAUGUUAAACUUAAUUUAUCGAACCAUAUUUUUAGUUUAUUAAAUGAAAACAGAAUUAGGAUCUAUUUCCAGCAACACAAACUUUCACAGCAUUCUUGUGCAUUUCUUCGGCUGAUUCUGUACGUGCAGUGCAGGGCUGGACCCAAAUAGUCCCAUAUUUGUCAAAACAUUUGUGGACAUGCAAUGAUUAAUUUAGGAAUGAAACGACAAAGAAAGAGCCCUCACUCCAUGUUGGCCGUAAAUGUCAUCUGCAGUGAUGCCACAGUUCAUUUCAGCUGUUGGGAGGAAAGCAACACGGCAUUCUGCUCAGCGUGCUCGACAGCUGUUACGGGAAGCAAAAUACAGGAUUUUCGAUGACAUUUGACAAUUUGCUGCUUUUGAUUUUCACCCUUACUAAACAUAAUGCCACACAUAGUGAGCCUGUAACUGCAGCAGAGCUCCCUGACGAGUCAGGGCUGUCCCUGCUGAACCAACGCCUCGGCCGUUCAAGUGAAUAUUGCUUCUCGAAUACGUAUCACACAUUUUUCCGAGAAUAUUCACAAUCACGCAGCCAGGGCCAGGACACAUGUGGCAUCCGCGGUGCAUUCGCACAUGCAUUGUGCACGACAAGUAACUUCCAAGCCUUAAUUUGGCAGAAGGUGGGCGCGGAGGCCUAGUGUGGGGGUCCGGGUCCAGAGGCUCACAGGCGGAGCCCAAACCUCUCAGAACCUCAUUCUCGGUGCGGUUCAGCUCCAGGUACCAAACUAUACUCCCUAGAAGGGUUUCUUGUCCCUGCAGUCGAAGCCAGCAAUAUUUGUUCUCUUCCCAGUCCAUUAUGUACUGGGUAUUCGGGCCAGCCCGCCUGCAGUCACUGCAGCUGAUGUACAGAACCACAUGUACACAUCAUUUGCAGAGAUCAUCAUGAUGAUGCUGAUGUUGGACCUUUAUUUGUACCAACAUGUACAAAACACAAGAUAGCUGUGGUGCCACUCGGUGGCUUAGUUUCAUCAUAGAAACACCAUUAAAUAAAUAAAAUAAAACAGGGAAUUCAAUAUUUUUUCCACUGCACCUUGUAAGUUACAUUUAAGGAGCUGGGUUUGUUGGACAUUAACGUAUCACAUUCCCUUUUAUGCCUCACUGCCAUUUUUGCUCUCACUCUUACCAAAUACAGUCAGGUAUCACUGAGAUGAGUGUUGUGACUGAGAGCAGCACAGUGUUUAGAAAAUGCAGAAUUUUGUGUGUUUUAAAAGGACUUGACCGAAUGAAUGAGAGUGUUUUAUAUAUAAAAAAAAAAUGUUUCAAUUUUAGCACCGUGCUCACAUGCUUUUAAAACUGUUAUGUAAUCUGCUCGAUGUCAUUCUGCUUCUUCACAGUGCUAUUUUCUGUGUAAGAGGAUGGUUUUUAUGCCUCAUUUUACUUCCAGGCCUCAUUUUCAAGGCCACUUCAAAGCUAUAAUAAUUAAUUCAAUAAAGUAUCUUAAGUUAGUCUUAUAUUUGUUUACUGCAAAAAAACAAACUUAAUUUUGGAUUAGAGCCUCCGUGUUUGGCCGAGUCAGUGCACCAAGGCUGGCUUGAUUACGUUUGCAAAGUGUGCAUCUUCUCCCUUGUGUUCAGUCAAAAGCAUGCUUUAAGGCCAGUAUGGAGGAUUGAUUAUUUUAUUGUUAAAAAUCCAGGAGGCUGGAGAAGCGGUAUCAAUUGAAGUGCAUUAAAAAUGGAUUCAAAUUUGACGUGGAGUAAAGAAAGCACGUUUCCUGCAGCAAAUGAAGCAAGUCAAGACUUCUGGCACCAAAGAGAUAGAAACUGGGGAUGAAAGAAUAACCCAGAGGAGUUUAGCUCCUCACAGCUUAGUACAUAAAAAAAAAGGGGUCAGCUUUCAUUCUGCUUUCAAUGCCGUUUUUAAGGCUUUGUGCUAUUUUUCUACUGUGGACGUACAAAUCAAUUCAUUGCUUUUUUUGCAAUCUGUUUUUUUUCUUUAAAUAAAUAUAUCUAAGAAUGUGCUGAAAAAUGGAGAGGUGGCCACCCAGCCCAACUCUGAAGAUUAUUUUUAUUUUUACCCCAGGUGUGGGGCAAAGAUAAGACAAGGGCAACAGUGCUGAGUUCAGAUGAUGAUGCUGCGUUACGGUGUCUCGCUUUGUCAGGCUUAACUAUCAGAGGAUGUACCAUGCAUCAUUUUAAAAAAACACAUUUUCCAUACUGCUGGGAAUACAAGUCUCUAUCAGCUGAUGUAAAUACUUAUAUGAAUCCAACAUCUCUUCCCAGAGACUCUGAACAUGUGAGAGAGUGUGUGCAUGAUUUAUAUAUAUAUGUACAUAUACAGUAUUUAUGGAGUAUGCUAUACUCAGAACCAGGAACUCUCAACAUGCUACUGUACCCGUUUCCCUCUCACCUCUGUUGGGUUAUGUAACCUCUCUAAUUUUCCGUGCUCGAAAAGCAUGAGGCGGAUAAGCUUGAACUGUCCAAAGAAACCAUCGUCCAACAAAGAAUGUCAAUACCAUUUAGACUGAUGACUAUUUGUUUACCUGGGAUCAUGCGCAUCACCGUUUUUCAGUCUUCAGUACAACUGUGAUGACCUACAGUAACUGCACAAACCUAAAAGUGACAUACAUGGACAACAUGUGUUCACGGUGUUUAAAGCCACAGAUACUGUGUGCGAUCAGCCAGCAGCAUAACUUUUUGUCUUUCAUGUCAAAUCUUUAGGACAGUUUCUACAUUUAAAAAAAAAAAAACCCACCCACCCUGUAUUUAUGGCCGUCACUGUACUGCUUUAAUUUAAUGAUAUAUUUGCAGAGACAGAAUUUUGACGUUUUCAUCAAAAGUCAUGUACUGUUUGUGAUGCAUUAAAAAUCAUUUAUGAAGUAAUUUCAUCCAAACUGUGGAAAAAACCAGAAGCUUUUGGCAAUUGUAGUAAAUCUUGUAUAUCAUUCACGUUGUAUAUUUAUGUGUGAAAUGUUUUUUUCAUUUGACUCUUCAUGGAGUUUGUAAAGUCCCCCAGUGACACUUUGGUAAAGUAUUGUGAAGUAUGACAAAAGCACUGAGGACAGUGUCUGUGGUGUUUUGUCUAUACUGUACUGUAUCUACCUUCGAUGGUCUCGACACGUUGACUCCACACUGCUGUUUGAAUGUAAAUGGUUCUCUUUAAGUUCUGGAUGUGAAGAACGUUUUCUAUAUAUCCAUUGUAUGAUUGAAUUAGACAAUGUUGCUAUCUUAUAUGUAUUUGCCUACCAAUACAGUAUAGCACAGCAUUUGCCUUGACUCACUUACAUUUUCAAACACAAUUUUUCUGGGACAUAAAGAAAGAAAAUUAAAAAAAAGAUUCUAACA